AUGGAGGGGGACUGUCUGAGCUGCAUGAAGUAUCUGAUGUUUCUUUUCAAUUUCUUUAUAUUUCUGGGAGGAGCGUGCCUGCUGGGAGUUGGGAUCUGGGUCAUCGUGGAUCCCACAGGUUUUCGAGAGAUAGUGGCUGCCAACCCUCUGCUCUUCACGGGAGCGUACAUCAUGCUGGCUAUGGGAGCGAUGCUCUUUCUGCUGGGUUUCCUUGGCUGCUGCGGUGCCAUCCGUGAGAACAAAUGCCUCCUGCUUUUUUUCUUCAUGUUUAUUUUGUUAAUCUUCUUGGCGGAGCUUUCAGCUGCAAUCCUGGCUUUUAUCUUCAGAGAAAACCUGACCAGAGAGUUUUUCACCAAGGAGCUGAAGAAGCAUUACCUGAAGAACAACGACACGGACGUCUUCUCUUCCACCUGGAACUCUGUUAUGAUCACAUUUGCCUGCUGCGGAGUGAACGGGCCAGAAGAUUUUGAAGCUAUCCCUCAUUUUACAUACUCCUCUUUGGAAAAGGCAACACCGGAGGCUUGUUGCCAGCGAGAGCUCCAGAGCCGGGAAGGGAUGUUUGUCGACAAGGAAGCCUGCCUCGCAGGCAUCGAGAGGUUUCAGAACCGGCAGGGCUGCUACACUGUGAUCCUGAACUCCUUUGAGACCUACGUGUACCUGGCAGGAGCCCUUGCCAUUGGAGUGCUGGCCAUUGAGGUACUUAUGGGUGUGUGA